AUGUCUGGAACAUACGAAAAACUUCCACCACGCACUGCUGAACGUAAAAAGGAAAUUCAAGAGAAAAGACAAGUAAGUCAAUUAAAACGAAGAUUAAGAAAAACACGUCAAGGAGAUAGAAACCAAAGAAGGCAUUUAUCUGACCGUAUGAAACCACGUAGAAAUAACCAAUUUAAUAAAGUUGAUGAUUUAAAAAGAAGACUAGAUCGUUUAGAUAGACUAGAGAGACUUCAAAGAUUGGCAUUGUUAGAUGAUAUGGUUCAAAAAGAACGUGCUUUUGAUCAACAAAGAAGAAUUAGAAAUGAAAGAAGAUUCAGAGAAGAUCCUCUUAUUGAGGAUUUAUUAGCUCUACGACGUUACAGACAAAGAGCCUUUGAAAGAAGGAGACUUCCCUCCUCUCUUGCCCACAGUUCACGAAGACUUCUAUCAAGAAGAUUAUUAGACUUGUACUGA